GUCGUCGCCGGCGUCGCGCCCGCCUUCGUGGGCGACAUGGCCGACCGCGGCGGCCGCCGGCCCGUCUACGCCCUCAUGUUCGCCCUCGCCGUCGGCGCCAACGUCGGCAUCGCGCUCGUCCGCCGCUGGGCCGGCCUGCUCGUGCUGAGGAUGAUGCAGAGCGCGGGGAGCAGCGGUGAGUUUUUUUUUCCUUUUCUUGUCCUCAUUCCGUGGCUUACUUCUUUGUUUGAUUCUCUGAUGAUGAUGAUGAUGGUGGUGGUGGUGGUGAUGAUGAUAAGCUACCGAGCGGGCCCUUCCGUGGAUACCUCAAGCUGGGGCUGUCCAGUUCACGGAGACGACAAAAUGAAUUAGAGGUUAUGUAUACGUA